UGUAGUAAUCCGACGCUCCUUCCUCUUCCUUCCUUGUUGUUCAGCACCGGUUCUACCUUAAUAGAGAGAGCUGCGGCUCUGCGCAUCCUUCCUUCGUCGAUCCUACAACCCGGUCCCUCUUCAGCCGCGCCGGAAUCUCACUUCGACGGGAACCACCUCUUCACUCCUCUGUCGAUCGGCCGGCGGCUACACCUUUACCGUCGGGAAGUUUUGCUUUCAGCACCUUGCUGCUGCUGCUAUGUUCUCUCUAAGGUUUGCUUAUUGCCAAUUAUAGUUUCUUAUCGAAAUAUACUUGAUUCAUAAUGAUGUAGCGCACUUGACCGCUGUCACGAAUCACCAUUAAGGUAGACAUAAAAAAAUCCCUUAACUAGUCUAGCUGAAUCAUUGUUCGUCUCGCACAUGAGUUUUGCUCCUCCAUUUCUUGCAUCAAUCAAUGAUCCUCUAUGCUGCGAGAGCUUCCAAAUCCAUAGCCUUCUAUUGUAGUCGCAGAAGCAAAACAAGUUUCAAUUCGCUUAAGAUACGCCUCAUAUUCUUUUCAGCCUACUUUCACUGUGACUGUCCAUCCAAAGGCAUCAGCCACGAAGAAAACAAUAUUACUAUUGGAACAGAUCCGAUUUCCCUUUCGGAAGCUCAGCUUGGUAACCUUAUAUUGACAACUAUUGAAGAAAAGCCUCUGGCAUUUUCAUAUAAAACUUGGAUAUGUUCUGAUCAAUUAAGAGCUGUAGUUCAUGAUCCAGUAUUGUUUGUCCGUGUCCUUCAUUCAAUUCGUAGGCGUCCAAGAGUAGCCCUUCGAUUUUUCAGAUGGGCCAAGGAUCAGCCAGGGUUUUACCAUUCAGAAUUUGCAUUUUGCACAAUACUUGAUAUUCUUAUCCAAGGUAAUUUGAUACACUCAGCUUAUUCAGUGAUGGAAUGUGUUGUAAGUCUGAAUAUGCACGGGAUUGUUGACGUUCUGAUUAACGAGCAUUCGGAUUUGGAUGUUUCAAUUAAGCUACUAAACAUUUUGCUGUGGCUCUACACUAAAAAAUCAAUGGUAGAUCAAUGUUUGCUGGUAUUUGACAAAAUGGUUAGAGGUGGUUUCUUGCCCGAUGUCAAGAACUGCAAUCGAAUUCUAAGAAUGCUUCGAGAUAGGGAUUUAGUUAGCAAAGCAAAGGAAAUGUACAGAACGAUGGGUGAAAAUGGAAUUAUCCCGAGCACUGUGACUUACAACACGUUGUUGGAUGCAUAUUGUAAAGGAGAUGAAGUUCAUCAAGCACUGCAUCUUUUUCUUGAGAUGCAGAAAAGAGCUUGUUCGCCCAAUGAUGUUACCUACAAUGUGUUGAUAAAUGGUUUUGCAAAAAAAGGUGAGUUUGAUCAGGCAAGGGGAUUUCUUAAAGAAAUGUUGAGUUUAGGUCUUGAAGUUACUGCCUAUACAUUCAAUCCUUUAAUAUCUGGUUAUUGUAAAAAGGGAAUGAUCGUCGAGGCACAGAAAGUUGGCGAAGAGAUGUCUACUAGAGGGGUAACUCCUACUGUAUCUACGUAUAAUAUAUUCAUGUCAGCCUUUUGCAAGAUGAGGAAAAUGGACGAGGCUAGGAAAAGAUUCACCGAAAUGUUAGGAAAUAAUUUAAUUCCCGAUAUAGUCUCCUAUAAUACAUUGAUACACGGCUAUUGCCAAUUGGGCGAUCUAAAACAAGCCUCUAUGUUGUUUCACGAGCUGACGAAUAGGGAGCAAUCCCCUACAGUGGUCACCUACAAUAUCAUGAUGGACGGGCAUUGCAAACAUGGCGAUUUGGAAGACGCAUUACGACUUAAAGAAGAAAUGAUCAAUCGCGGAAUUCUUCCCGACGUCUAUACGUUCACAAUUCUAGUUACAGGCUGCUUCAGAGUGGGAAACUUGCGACUGGCUAAACAGUUGUUCGACGAAAUGUCAGUUAGAGGUUUGGAGCUCGAUCGUUUCGCUUACACGGCGCUGAUAGUCGGAGAAUUGAGGCUUGGCGAUAUAAAUAAAGCAAUGAAUCUUCAGGAAGAAAUGAUAACGAAAGGUUUCCCGCCCGACUUAAUUACUUACAAUAUUUUCGUGGACGGGCUAUCCAAACUGGGGAAUUUGAAAGAUGCUUGCGAAUUAUUACGCAUGAUGGAGGAUUUAGGUUUCAUGCCAGACCACAUAACGUAUACAAGCAUCAUUCACGCUCAUUUGGUGAUCGGGCAGUUGAAGGGAGCGAGAGAAGUGUUGUUUGAAAUGCGAAGCAAAGGGCUAUCUCCCUCUGUGGUGACAUACACGGUAUUGAUUCACGCACAUGCGGAGAAAGGUAAGCUUGAAAUGGCGUUGAUGUAUUUUUCAGAGAUGCAAGAGAAGGGCAUCAUGCCGAAUGUAAUAACAUAUAAUGCUCUGAUAAAUGGUCUUUGCAAAAUGAGAAGAAUGAAUCAGGCUUGCAGAUAUUUCUCUGAUAUGGAAAUUGAAGGAAUAGCUCCUAAUAAGUAUACAUAUACAAUACUAAUCAACGAGCAUGGUAACUCGGGUAAUUGGUGCGAAGCUUUGAGAUUGUAUAAGGAGAUGCUCGAUAAAGAUAUUCGGCCUGAUCAUUGUACACACAGUGCUUUGCUAAAGCAUCUAGAUAAAGACCAUCGGUUGCAUGCCAUCGAGUGCCUUGAUCACAUAUUAGAAGACGACGAAAGAUGAGAUGCGAUGCCUCACACAAUUUUUUAUUUUUAUUUUUCGAGAAUGAGUUGUUGGGUAGUACACGACUACUACGUCUGAGGGGUAAGAAAGCCCUCUUCUUAUUUUUUAAAGUUAUUAUUAUUUGUUCCUUUCCUUUGUAAGCCUAAUUCUUUGUUUUUCAUAGGAAUUCAAGUUAAGGUUGACUUAGGGAUAUUGUAGUCUGUGGCAGCUGCUCAUAUAACAGGUAUUAUACAUUAGAAUAGUAUGGGGGUAGGAAUGAUGAAAUUUGAAAAAAAAAAUCUAACCUGACCUGCUAAUUAUGUUGUAUUUGUUUCAUAAUUCAAUUUUCUAUCUUCUUUAUUGAGGAGGUUGGACUGGUA